AGCACCGCCGAGCCGGCCGCCGGCCACAGCAGCGGCAAGGACGCUCGCCCGCCCCGCGGGCUGGGAGACAGCACAGGUCUGGCGGUCCAUCAGAUCAUCACGAUUACCGUGUCCCUCAUCAUGGUCAUCGCCGCUCUGAUAACGACGCUUGUCUUAAAAAAUUGCUGCGCGCAGAGCGGGCGCCCGCGCCGCAACAGCCACCAGCGCAAGCUGGAGCAGCAGGAGGAGAGCUGCCAAAACCUGACGGACUUCGCCCCCGCCCGCGUGCCCAGCGCCCUCGACAUCUUCACCGCCUACAACGAGACGCUGCAGUGCUCCCACGAGUGCGUCCGCACCCCCGUGCCCGUCUACGCGGAGGAGACCCUGCGCUCGCCCGGGGACUACAAAACCACCUUCAAUGGAAACAGGUGA